CAGAACCAGAUAGUAGAUACCUAUUACCUACGAGAGUUUGCUAUUUUUCAAUGAAAUACGUUUUUAUUUUCAAAUAAAGUGACAAAAGUGUUGAAGUCAUUCUUAUUUCUUACAAGUCUAUGUUUACCUAGGCAGAAACAUAGCGUUAAGAAAUUAUUUCAUUUAAAACCAUAAGUAAACAAGAACAAUCAUGGAGAAUGCAAUGAUAGUGAACAAAGUUAAACUUUUAUUUGAGAAAAUUCUGGAACCAGGCUAUAUUAUGGACAAGUACUACGCGGAUAACUUUUUUAACAAAAUAAACAGUAAUGAUCCAGAUGUCCUAUAUUUAAAGUCAUUGCCAAUUCUCACAAAUCUUUUAAUAGAAGUUGUUGAACAUUCGCAUGAUUUCCAUGUGACAGUAAAAGUAUUUCUAAUAAGAAUUUUUGCCGUUUUAUCAGAAAGCGAAGUAAACUUUGCAAAGCUUACUGCUAAGAAAGGACAGAAUCUGUCCGCAGCCUUAGCCAACAUUAAUUCACCAGAAUUACACACAAGUUUAAGAGUAGCCUACAUGGAGGUAGCAUUAGCUCUGUUAAGUCACAAUUCUGGGAUCCAUUGGUUACUGGAGAGCAAGGUUUGGCAGGAGAUCCUGAAGCUGUGUCACGAAAAGCGGACGGUAUUCAUCGUACGGCAGACUUACAAAUUCGUUUCUACUUUCCUUUGGAAAUUAAAUGACUUGGGGGACGGUGGUAAUGUAAAACUAGUUCUAGAACAUAUAUUAGAACCCACGUUUGAUAUUGAUCUCACAGAAAAGAGAUCAAUCACCAGUGAGGAGGAAAAGGAACUACGCGCGAAAUUUGAGCCCAUGUGGCAGAUGCUACUCGCAAUAGUAAGCAACGAUAAACAAAUAAAAUCACCGAAUUGUAUAAUUGAUUCUCUAUUGAAAGAGUUUAAAAUUACAACAUUCUGCUACAUAAUGUUAGAGAGAUUUCGAAGUGAGGAUAUUUGGUUGCUCAUCAAUAAGUUCCUAUUUUGGUUUGCGAUAGGAAGGAUAACUAUGCUGAAGCCAAUCUUGCCCGAUAUGGUUUACGAACGAGAAGAUUUCUUAGAAAUAGCAGUGACGUAUUUUAAUACUAUACAUAAUUUGAUUCAAAGACGUUGUCCUGCUUCACUUUUUGAUUAUUGCAUUGCUUGCAAUUUGAUAUGGGGAAGAGUUUGGAAUGACUAUAUGCCAUUGAAGUUCUCAGAUAAUGGUAGAACAGCAGAAGUUCAGAAUCAGUUGUUAACAAUAUGCAUUAUACCAUCGUUAGUAUAUGUUACUAUGGGUAAAUCUUCCAACGACGACGAACGGGAUAGAGUCAAUGAAUAUAUAGUUAAAAUAAUGAAUUUAACGUGUGAGCAUACUGCGAGAGCCGGGUAUGCUCUGCGCGAUNUGAUGCUGCAACUCGACGUGCAACAAGUGACGUUGCAAAGUGUGAAGCGUUUGUCGUUUUUGAAGAACCAUUUGAACGACGUGCAAGCGAAUUUAGUGUUUCAAGCGUUGUUUUAUGUGAUCAAAGAGUUCGAACCAUUUGAUGAGGAGGGUCAAGUAAAACCGUCAAAGUGCUAUGAGGAUGAUCAGGAAACCAUCUCGGUCAUGGGAUAUGUACUGGAUACAGUAUUGUUCCUUGUCAAGAACUAUAACAUAAACUGGCAUGAGAGUUUGGAGGUUGUGUGCUUGAAUUCUGUUGUAUAUAACAUACUGAAGAGGCCAAAUUUGUGUACGAAGUUCAUAGUCACAGCAUUGAAUGUCAUUUCGACAACAGUCAAGAAGUUCCUCCCGCCUAAUCUCUCCCUACUCCUGGACACGAAGCCGGGGUCCAGUAUGCAUGAGAUUGGGAAACUCAUAUACAUGAAGAUGCAUGACCUUCACUGGGAGGUGAGGGAUACAGCUUUAGAGCUGUUGCUGGUGUGCACUGAGAUAUCUUUUAUCAAAUUUCCACCGUUCCAAAAGCAAAUCACGGCCAACAAACUGAUAAACGUUGCCAUGACGAUGGCGCUGAACGAUUACGAGUUUUACGUUCGCGUGUCGGCGCUGAAGUGUGUGGGCGCGGCCAGCAAAGUCAGCGUGCUGUGGGAGGGGCUGAAAGCUGAGUUUCCUAAUAUACUGGACCUCUUAAUAUCAAUAUUGCGUAAUAAUCCAGAAGGAAUAGUACGGAAGGAGGCCUGUAAUGUUCUAUGUGAGAUCUACCAGAACAUUAAGUUAUCGCACGACACUAAAUUGCUCCUUUACGAACAAUUAGUAAACGCGUCACUAAACGAUUUCCACUGGGAAGUUCAAUUGAGUGCCUUAAAAUUCUGGCGGGUUGUGAUCCAAUCGUUCUUAAGAGAUCAAGGGAUGUUGGAUGGGACCUUCCCGCCAGUCACAUUUUCUAUAGAAACCAGGAAAAUCGUUACGCUAAAUGAAAGAGAAAUACAAAAGAGAUUAUCAAAAAUUUUAGACGAUCUUGCAGCUAUAGGAUGUUUAUCGAUACUAGUUAAACUUCUAUAUGACGAUACAGAAGUCGUUGUAAUGGACUUAGCUCUACAAAUUUCAACCGAAUUAAUGGAAAUUCUUGAUAAAUAUAAAGUUCAGGAACGUUUAUCAGCGAACAGCAAUGAUCCAAGGGUAGAUGAAAUCUUAAAGAGUUGUGAUGAAGAAAAUUUAGUGGAUAAUGAUAUGCAGCCACAAAACAGAGAAAUAUCAGAUAGAGUUAUUGAUGGUAUUGUUAAGGCUGAUGAUAUGAAUCUAUUAGCACACAUAUACGAAGAACAAAUGAGUAUAAAUUGUGAUAAAGUGGAAAUAAAGCAGUUGAAAUUAACAAAACUGGCAACACCCUAUGUUUUUGUAACGUAUUUGAAGAGUAAAAAUUUUAAUGCUGCGAUAGAGCAGAAGAGAAAUUGGAAUGAUGGUAUUCGGAGUCUAUCAUCACUUCUUGAUGAUAUUUUAGGUAUUUACGAAGUAAAUAGUGAGGUAAAUGAUUUAGAUUGUUACUGAGAUUAUAUUGUAACAUAAUGAGAUUUAAAUAUAUUUUUACAUUGGCA